AUGAGUGCAGAACCUGAGAUAAGUGUAGCAGCAGCAAAUGCAGGUGAAUUAAAUCAACCCAAACCUCGUUGGAUGCCUUUAGAAGGCAAUCCUGAAGUCUUGAACAAAUAUCUACAAAAUUUAGGUGUCAAAAAUGAGAAUUAUGAAUUUGUUGAAAUAAUUGGCUUUGAUGAAGAACUACUUGCUUUUGUUCCACAACCUGUCGCUGCUGUACUUUUAAUUUUUCCAAUAACUGAACAACAUGAAAAAAAUCGUCGUAAAGAAUUUGACGAAGCUGCGAGUACACCGCCUGAUUAUUCUCAAGCUAUUUAUUUUUUAAGACAAAGUAUUGGUAAUGCUUGCGGAUCAAUUGCUGUUAUUCAUUCAAUUGCAAACAAUCUAGAAAAAUUUCAUCUUCAUGCACACAAACCAUUGGCUCAGUUUUUGGAAACGACAAAAUUAAUGACACCUGAGCAACGAGCUGAACAUUUAAAACAUGCACUGGAUAUGGCAACAGCUAAUGAUACAAUUGCAGAAGAAGGAGAAUCACGUGUCAUUGAUCGAGACGAACAUGUUAAUUUGCAUUUCGUAUGUUUUGUUAACGUUAAUAAUGAACUGUAUGAACUAGAUGGGCGACAUCCACAUCCAAUCAAACAUCCAGUUAAAAUACGAACUGGAGAUGCACUUGAUUUAUUACGUAGUACCAAAGAUGUUAUAUUGAAAUUAGUUGAAGAUGCUGGUGGAGAUAUACGUUUUUCAAUGUUGGCUUUGACAAAAAUGGCAGAUUAA